AUGCCGGCGACGACGGAGGACUCCCCGGCGAUACGGAAGCUGGGGCAGCUCUUCCGGCUUACCGAAGUAUACCUCUGGGACGAUUCGUAUGGCGCUGGACCUCACCAUGGCCAGAAGAACUGGCGCUCGGCGGAGGGUGCUCUCGUGGACUCUCAUACAGAUAAAACAUGCAAUGAAGCAUCCAAUGGCACUGACAAAGUAGGCCAUUCGUUUGUUGAAGAUUUGGAAUUGGCCAACCUCAUGGGUUCUUUGGGGCUUCCUGUUUCAUUCAGCACAAGUAAAGUGAACAAGAACACCGGCAACAAGGGAAAGAAAAAAGGAAGACAAGCACCGCUCAAAGCAGCAAACACUCAAAUCAAUGAUGCUGGGAGGAUAUGUGCCAAUACUGAAGAUAGAGAAAGUACUGUUGAAUCAUUGGAUGUUAUGGAGCACAUGCACUCAUGCAAUUUAUCUGGGACUCCGCUGGGUCACAAUGAACCCUGCAUUGAUGACACUGACAAGAUGCUUAGGGAAGACAGUCCUUGUGUUGAAGAACAAGAAGAGUCUGGCUGUAGCACCAUCUACUCUGCUGACAAAGCCCCUGGCUGUGAUGCUAAAAAUCAGUUCACUGAACUUGGGACUUUUGAGCUGUCUGAUAACUUGGGCAACCCAGCAAAAGAAGAAUAUUCAAUUCAAGAAAAUCAAGCUUCUGACAGCGUGUUGCUAGAUUCUGAAGAGAUGUCAAGGCAUGACUGUGUUGGUGGUGAAUCUACACAUUCCUGUGUCGGCAUUUAUCAGGAAGAAAUAGUGUCCACAAGGGAAGAUCAAACAUCUGAAGAAACUCUGUCAGUACCCCAUGAUAAUAAUGGUGUUGGCCGAGAAGCUAGUUUAAGUUUGGCAGAGCCAUCUUCUAUUGAUGAGCAUGCACAAAAUUCUGCCAACAACUUUUUCUAUGACUAUGGUGAAUGGAGGGUUGUCUGGGAUCCAUUCUAUAGUCGGUAUUAUUUUUACAACAUCCAGACACAAGAGUCCACAUGGUAUCCUCCUGAAGGAUUGGAGGAUUUUGCAUCAUAUUGUAGCCCAGAUACCACUAAAGAGCUAGUUGAACUGGGAUCUCAGUGUACAAGCAUAGCACUGCAAGAGAACAAUCUGGCUAGUGAUGACAAUCAUUUAGAAGCACAGGAACAAGAUCACUGCAUUCAUGAUUUAUCUGACAUUCCUGUUGAAAAGCCAAUAUAUCAAAGUAUGAUAACUACCUCUGACAAAGCACAGCACACUGAAAAUAAGUACAGCGAUUCAACAACUAUUGUGUUAGAGAUGAACCAGGAAGUUGCUAGCACCAAAAAGAAAAAGAGAGUAAGGAGAUCUCAAUCGUAUCAUUCAUGCCAAGACAUGGCAGGGGACAUCUCCAGUGACAUCAUCAAAUACUGGACUCAGCGGUACUCACUUUUCUCACUUUUUGAUAGCGGUAUAAAGAUGGAUGAAGAAGGGUGGUUUUCAGUUACGCCAGAGCCAAUUGCAAAGCAUCAUGCAUCUCGUGUUGGCGCGGGAGUAAUGAUUGAUUGUUUCACAGGAGUUGGUGGAAAUGCCAUCCAGUUUGCCACAAAGUGCAAGCAUGUAAUUGCAGUUGAUAUUGAUCCAGAAAAGAUUGAUUGCGCACAUAAUAAUGCAUCCAUUUAUGGAGUAAAUGAUCGCAUAGAUUUCAUUGUAGGUGAUUUUGUACAUAUAGCUCCUCAUCUGAAGGGAGAAACUGCUUUCAUGUCGCCUCCUUGGGGUGGACCUGACUAUGCCAAAGUUGAUGUUUAUGAUAUGAAAAGCAUGCUUAUGCCUUGUGAUGGGUACUCUCUUUUUAAACUUGGUACUAUGAUAGCUUCAAGAGUAGUGAUGUUUCUUCCUCGCAACAUUGACCUAAACCAAUUGGCUGACAUGUCCUUGUCUGUGGAUCCCCCAUGGGCGGUUGAGGUCGAGAAGAACUUCCUCAAUGGAAAGCUGAAAGCCAUAACAGCAUACUUUGAAGAACAGGACGGUUGA